GGACAUUUAACGUUUAGAGGGUAAUUUGAAGACUUUAAAAUGACGGAGCUUUGGAUAAUAUCUGUCCCUGGAGAGAGAGAUCCAGAUCAAGUGUUCCAACGUCUUCAGACUACGUUAUCAAAGUACAGAGAUGUUUGUUCUCAGGUCGUUAAAUUCAAUAUUCCUCCUGACUUCAAGGUGGGGACGCUAGAUAUUUUGGUCGGUCUUUCUGAUGAGUUGUCAAAAUUAGACAUUUAUGCAGAAGGCAUCACCAAAAAAGUUGCUCAAUACAUUGGAGAUGUAUUAGAAGACCAGAAGUACAAGCUAGAAGACAACUUAACUGUAAAUGGCUUGUCACCUUCCUCCUUUUUAACUAAGUUCCAAUGGGACUAUGCUAAAUAUCCAGUCAGGCAAACGUUGAGUUCGUUGUACGCUAUUAUUUCAGAGCAACUUACAAAAAUUGACUCAGACCUAAAAGUUAAAUCUCAAGCAUACAACACUUUAAAAGGUUGCAUUCAAAAUUUGGAGCGUAAACAAACUGGUAGUCUUCUAACACGUGAACUUGGAGAUCUUGUUAAAAGAGAUCAGUUCAUCAUUGACUCAGAAUACUUGGCUACUUUGGUUGUAGUUGUUCCAAAGAAUCUCUAUAACGAAUGGAAAUCUAAUUACGAAACCAUGACAGAGAUGGUGGUUCCCAAAUCAUCAGAACUUAUUUUUGAAGAUCAAGACAGUGGACUAUGGAGUGUUACUCUUUUCAAAAAAAUGAUCGAUGAUUUCAAAGCUCAGGCACGUGAACAUAGAUUCGUCGUACGUGAUUUUAUAUAUGACGAGAAGAAAAUCGAGGAAAGCCGAAAUGAGCUGACAAAACUCCAAUCAGAUAGAAAGCGGCAAUUCGCACCACUUUUUCGUUGGUUGAAAGUUAAUUUUGGUGAAGCUUUCUCCGCCGUGGUUCAUAUAAAAGCCCUUCGGGUGUUCGUAGAGUCAGUUUUACGAUAUGGGUUACCAGUUGAUUUUCAAGCAGUACUCCUUGAGCCAAGCAAAAAGCAGCAGAAAAAAUUACGGGAUAUAUUAAAGCAGCUUUACAGUCACUUGGAUGGGUCGUCUUCAAGCUCGAUCGUGGAUGAAGAAGUAAACGUAGGCGGUUUUGGCACAUCAUUGGACUACUUUCCUUAUGUUUCAUUUAAAGUGGAACUGAAUAUGAUAGAUGUACGUUAGUUGUAGUUGUCAAAGUCAACUUGCAGCUCAUUCCAGUCUCUUGAUGUGAUAACCACUCAAGAAAAAAAAAGCAUAAUAUAUUGUAAUUUUCUCUCUUAGCAUUUUUAUUCUCUUGAUUCCUUUAUGUUAUCACAUCUUUAUGAGUUGUAUUUCCACAAUUAUUCAGUUUUCUUAGCGUAUAUAUAUCCUUUCAUUAAUCUUGAUACUCGAAUAUGAAGAUGAUUUUAUUUUACAAAUUUUUUGAUUACUGCUCAUCUUAUAUGAAAUAAAAUGAGUAAAGAGAGAACCAAGUAUUGGAAAAAAGUGAAGGAAUUUGGCAAGUCAGGAAAAGAUAUUGUGCUAAUUUGAUCUUAAAUAUAGAUGGACGGUGCAGAAUAGUAUGUCGUAUAUUAAUCCAUAUUUAUAAUUCCUUCAACAAGCUUUACACUUUUUCAGUUUGAAUAUUGUCUAUUGUUAUGCGUCUUCCUUGUCUGAUGACAACAAUUGACAACUGCUCUCGACUUUCUGUUGCUGCAUAGACUUGCUGUGCGUUCGUUAUAGGCAAACCGUCAAUAGCGACUAUUACAUCACCAGCCUUCAAUCCUGCUCUACAAAGUAAACGAGAAUUAUAUUCAGUGUCAAAAUGUUGAUAUGAUUUCCGAAAGGUAAGUAUUGUACAAAAAUAUCUUUCGAGAAUUGUAUUUAAAAGACUUCUAAUAUGUGCCUAGUAUGCUACCAACAAAGCACCGAGGCUUUUUAAAUUGUCGUUAUAUUCUGUGUCGUGUUAUCUUGUGAAUCUAAGGUCUGAUAGCGUACAUAUGAAAACACUUUGUUAUUU